AUGUCGCCUUCUACCCUUCCAAGUAAAAAGACCUACAAGAUCGCCGCUAUCCCGGCCGAUGGCAUUGGUCCCGAGGUUAUCAAUGCUGGUAUCACAGCACUGAAUGCUUUGACCGAUACCCUCCAGACAUUCAAGCUGAACUUCAAGAACUACGACUGGAGCUCCGAGACUUACAAGAAGACUGGAAAAUACAUCCCGGACGGUGGUCUCGAUGAGUUGAAGAAGCACGAUGCCAUUUUCUUUGGUGCUGUUGGUGCUCCAGAUGUUCCUGACCAUAUCUCCCUGUGGGGUCUCCGUUUGGCCAUUUGCCAGCCUCUGCAGCAAUACGCCAAUGUGCGUCCUACCAGGGUCUUCCGCGGUACCGAGUCUCCUUUGCGCAAAUGCAAGAAUGGCGAUUUGGACUGGGUAAUUGUCCGUGAGAACAGUGAGGGUGAAUACGCUGGACAGGGUGGCCGAUCUCACGCUGGUAAGCCUUGGGAGGUCGCGACCGAGGUCUCCAUUUUCUCUCGCCAUGGUGUUGAGAGAAUCAUGCGCUUUGCAUUCGAGACCGCCCAGAAGCGUCCACGAAAGCUUCUCACUGUCGUCACUAAGAGCAAUGCCCAGCGCAACGGCAUGGUUCUCUGGGAUGAGGUCGCCAAGUCUGUUGCUGAGGACUUCCCCGAUGUUACUGUUGAUAAGAUGCUGGUUGACGCCAUGACUACUCGCAUGGUUCUGAAGCCCGAGAGCUUGGACACCAUCGUUGCCACGAACCUGCAUGCGGAUAUUCUUUCUGAUCUUGCUGCCGCCUUGGCUGGAUCCAUUGGUAUUGCCCCUACCUCCAACCUAGACCCAACCCGCGAGUUCCCUAGUAUGUUUGAGCCUAUCCACGGCUCUGCCUUCGACAUCACUGGAAUGGGUAUCUCCAACCCUGUUGCCACUUUCUGGACAGCCGCCGAGAUGCUUGCUUGGUUGGGCGAGGAGGAUGCAUCUAAGAAGCUCUUGGACUGCGUUGAGAACGUCUGUGAACAUGGUGUGCUCACUCGUGACCUGGGUGGUCAAGCGACUACCAAAGAGGUCACUGAUGCUGUUGUGGCAGAGAUUAAGAAGUUGGGAUCGACAAAAUAA